AGGUUUGUGUGGAGUUGAUCUAGUUCAGGAUCUGUAGAUGGAAUAUUUCGGUAAUAAAGAUGAGGAUUUAACUACACUGACAUCAUUCAAUCUCAUCGUUGAAGGCGAUGAUGAAGGAUUGAUAUCAAAAAUAUUCUCAAAAUUCAAAACUGCUGUUUCAGGACCUUCUGGUGCAAAUAGCAACCAGCAACUUCACCAUCAACGUGUAUCCUCACCAACAUCCUCUAUGCUGAGUUUGUCAAUGGCUGUUUCAAAUGAAAGCGGUGUAGUAGCAACAACAGCAGCAUCCAGCAGUAUUGCUUCAGAAAAAGUGGCUACCUCUUCUCUACUGCAACAACAGCGAACAUCAAGUACAGCUGAGCAAGCACCAUUAUCGACGCCGCUUGCAACAACUGAUGUAGCGCUUGUUACGACAACGGAUGAAACGGUGGCAACUUCCAUGAUGACACCAAGAACAACUUCGUCUGACAACGUCAAAUCAGCUCCCAACAGAGACAGAGGCCUACAGGAGAAUAAAACGCGAGCAGCAUCUGCUGUUACUACUGCUGCCAAAAGUUCUGCUGAAGAGACAUCUCAAUCGCUUGAAAGCAAUAAUAAAACGACUACAACCCUAACAUUGUCCGCUACUCCAGCAACAAGUACACACAAUGCCACUGCUGUAUCAAAUGAAACUCAGGAGGAGCAGAAACUACAGCAAUCAAAAAUUUCAUUCAGCCAAGGUAUUACAAGCAACACUUAUCAAAGCAAUAAUGUUGGCAGCAUUAAAGAGAAGCCUUUGCCGGCAAAUUCUCGAAAACAACAGCAUCCAAAAAAUAGUAUACCAGCAGCGCAUACAGCAACUGUAAACACUCCGGCAAAUACCAUAUCGUUAAUGGUACCUUUAAGAAAAACGACUUCUAUAGAUAGCGAUAACCAAUCCAUAAUGACAACUUUCUCUGUGUCAAAUACUAACUCUUUAAAUCGACUAUUGAACAGACUGCGAGGAGGUAGAAAAUCAUUUGACAAUACAAAUAAGGAAUUUUGGAUGCCGGAUGAACAGUGCAAAGAAUGCAAUGACUGUAGACUGCCUUUCAAUUUGUUUAGACGCAGACAUCAUUGCCGAACAUGCGGUAGAAUAUUUUGCUCAAAAUGCUUAAGCAACAGCAUCCAAACAAAUCAGCCUCUCAGAGUAUGCAAUGAUUGUUAUAUUAAAUUUGUAGAAGGGUACAGAGCUGAAGACACUAUUUCACUUCAUGAUGGUUAUUCUUACUCAACUGUUGUCGUGGAUGCCAGCUUAUCGUCAUCGCUGCAACAAGCUAAACAGCAUCAGCAACACCAGCAAAAGCCAUUGCUGAUACCAGGAAGUGGUGAUAAUGAAAGUAGCGAAGAUGAAAUUGAGGAAUUUGUUGAAAGACCAAGAAUAAGCCUUGACUUACAACGCCCUGCGACUUUAGACGGUCAAAUGAUACAUUCCAACGCAAUGAUAGGCGUCGAGUCAGAUUUAGGGAUUAAAAAACUUCUAACAAAUUCAUUUUUAAGGACUAACACUCCUAGAUCGCGGACAAGCACAAUGAACUCAUUGGGAGUAGAUACCAGUUUAGCAACCUUGGAAGGAACACGGCAGCAACAGCUUAACUCACCUAUGCCAUUUAGACGAAGCUCAUUCAUCCCGAGCAACGGUAACCCCAUCAGUUCACCAUCUAUGGUCCAUCAUGAACCGCACCAUAGUGGUAGUAGCAUGCAAGGUAUCUUAUACGGAGCUGCGAUGGCAAGUGGAGGAGGGCGUAUGCAGCAGCAUCAACAACAAAAUGAGAUAUACGAAAAUAGUGAGGAUGAUGAUCUACGACGAUGGGAUAAAAACCCUAGGAACCUACUCAGUUUUCUCGGAGGUGGAACCCAUAAUAGUAGCAAUAAUAAUGAAAGGCCUAAUUCUGGCUUAUUCAGUAAUUUAUUCUUUGAUGACUUUAAUAAUAGUAUCAGCAACCAUAACAAUGACAACACCGAAUUAUCCCCUAAUGCUGUAACCUCGACGAUGACAGCAUUAAGUAUGAGCACCAAUAGUCUUCAUAAUACCAGUAAACGCUCCUCUUGGGUUUUACGUCCGGAAAGAUCCACCAGUUUUAUUCUUAAGAGACGUCUAAGCUGGACAGAAAAUGGAGCUAGCAGUAGCUCUUACACAAUGAAUAAUAAUAGUUCAUUGAAUACAGUUACUUUCAGUAGUAAUACAAGCCCUAUCGUACCAACUGUGAGACAUAUGCGAAUGCGUACACGAAGCCUGAUGCGCAACACGCCGUUUACGGCAGUAAAUAUGACAGCAGAUCAGAGCGACGAUAGCAGUAAUGGAGGAGGCUACGAAAGCACAGGAAGCAAUAGUGGCAAAAGCGGUUUGACGGCGGUUGCGAUAGGGAACCGGAACUCUUUUCACCAGCAGUACCAACAGCUACCAGCAACAAUUAAUGCGCUGCACAAUAACAACAUUUCGUCUCCAGAAUAUACUUCUUUCGGACAGCAGUCGAAGAGUCAGCAUGCAUCAAUACCUUCAAGUAAUCAAAACCAUCAUCCUUUCAAUAAGGUGAUCACUCAUCAGAAGUGGGACCCUUCUUUUACCUCGUUAUUGCGCAAUAUUGUUUCGCACCUUUUGACUGAAGGAGGCUUACCUCAUGCCGAAUGGGGGGACGUUAUAUUGCGCUUACUUUUGAACGUAAUCGAUGAAGUUCAGCCUCAACUACGCAUUCGUGAUACAUUCAAUAUGAACCAUUAUAUAAAAGUGAAGAAGAUACCUGGCGGUCAACCAAACGAUUGUUUCUCUUUAAGUGGCAUAGUUUUAUCGAAAAGUGUUGCUCAUAAAGAUAUGGUGCGAAAAAUAAAGAACCCUUCGAUUCUGAUAUUGAACUUUGAUUUGGAUGGGUUUGCAACUUCCAGUGGAUCGAGCUUACCAACGGCUGAUGGCUUACCGCGACAAGAAUAUUUGAAAUUCGAUAGACUCUUGGCCUGGGAAAGAGAUCAUAUGAAUGCGCUUAUAUCUGAAAUCAUAAGCCUGCGGCCUCAUAUUGUGUUGGUGGCUGCUAAUGUACCUCGAACAAUUAUUGAUAGUUUAAACAAGGCGAAGAUUGUCAUUGCUUAUAAUAUAAAGAAGCAAAAGUUAGAUGCAAUUGCCCGCUGCACUGACGCCACCGUAUUCAACUAUAAAAAUGAGUUAUGGAAUGCAAAAACGAUGCUGCCAACGAAAUGUGGAUCAUUUGAAACAAUGACUGUGAUGCAUGAGUAUCUGCCCAAUAGACGAAAAACCUUUCUGAUGUUUCACGAGUGCCCCAAAGACCGUGGAGCUACGAUCAUUCUUCGAGGAGGAGACUUAAAAACUCUAAGUAUAGUGAAGUUCAUUAUGAAUUUCAUGAUUACAGUGGUCAAUAACAUUAAUUUAGAGGCGCAGCUGAGAGCUACUUUUAUAGAACUACGACAAUGGUAUCAGCCUGAUGAAUAUUGCGCACGGCAAGAAGUGCAAACUGAAUACGAUCAGAGCGAUCCGAAUUUACCAGAAAAUAAUUCUAUUGAUAACGACCAGAGCUUGACAAUCCAAAGAGAGCAACCUUUAGGUAUACAAUCCGUUAGUGAAGCUGCUUAUGACAGGGCAGCCUCAGAAACAGCAAUUCAGAUUGAGACACAAAGCGUGUCUGCAUUGUCAGUUGCUGAAUCGCAGAUUACAGUAAGCACAGCAGAUAUAUCUACGGCAAAGCACUCGCGAGUAUUGAAUAAGCGCCAGCAUUCAACAAUUAUUGUUGAAGAUGAUGAUAUAUGUUUAACAGCUGUAAAUAAUGUAUUGAAAAAAUAUCAAAGCACUACUAUGAGCAUUUCACCGGGUGUAUCACUUCCAGUGCCUCACAUUUUGCUUAAACUACGUGAAUCUCAGCAGAAACUCAUAGGAUUGAUUCGUGAGCGUUUAGGUCACGAGUUAACAAACCAAUCACUUGCAGGCACUACAGCUCUAACAGCUUCGACGCAGCAAACAGACAGCGCUGAUGACGAAAAACAAUCUGCGAACAAAAUACAAAUACCUCCCAUACCGACUGAUCUGAUGGAAAUGCCUAGCUACUUCAAAUCUUUUGAUGCUUAUUUGGAGCAUGAUUUGGAAUACAGACAUUAUCAAGACCUUCAUCUCCGCUGUUGGUUAUUGUAUAAAAAAUAUAUUGGUGGAAUGCAUGAAUAUAUGUCUCCCAUUUAUCACCAGCAGAUUAUUGUCCGUCGUACGACAACUCCAAUGGAUGACCAUACUAUCCCAUGCCAGAAAGCUGUUCUGGAGCCUUUCGAGUUUUAUAACCCACUCUGUGAUUGCACACUCGGUCAGUAUAUUCUAAACGCUGUUAAAGAGGCUUAUACAAUUUGUAGCUCUAAAAUGUGCGGAGGCCCGUUAAUUUUUCAUGAUCGAACAUAUGCUCAUGGAAACGCCCAGGUCAAAGUGCAAGUAUUCUAUUUGGAAGAUGAAAAUGCAGAGGAUAACUUCGUCGAAGAAAAGAUUGAUAUUAGCCGUGAUGAAUACUUGCGAAAAAUUCCUAUAUUCAUUUCAACACACUGUAAUAAAUGCAAUAGAUCUCAUUCCUGGCAUCCCAUGUCUGAUAUGUUGCAAAGAUAUUCUUUUGGCAAGUUUCUGGAAUUACUUUUUUACCAAACAGAGCCUAUUCCACUUUCCGAUAAUACAUACUCUGGUAACAAGCAGCAGGAUGGAGAAAAGCAACAUGAAAAUGCUGAAAAAGGUUGUCCUCAUGGCUUUUACCGUGAUCACACUAUUUCAUUCAGGAUUCAAAACUUAUCUGUCAACUUUACGCACUCAAUGGUGAAAGUCCUUGAAGUAUAUCCUCCUCCACUUCACCUUCGCUUUAGUUCAAAACAACAGAGAGCUUUGAAAGAUGCAGUACUUGAAUCGACACGUGCCAAAAUUUCUCGCUUUUUUGAUUCCAUUAUUGAACGUAACAAAGCGAUCUCCUAUGACAUAGUUCACCCAAACAUGAUUGAUCUUUGUAAAGAAUAUGUGCAAGACCUUUCACAAGAAGCAAUGAAGAACAAGAAACAAUUAUUACAAAAGGUGCAAAUGGAAUACGCGACAAGUGCUGCCACAGACACCUUACAGAUUAAUAAUGUAUUGGUGGAUUUACAAAAUUACGUGGUUACUUGGGACUUAAAAUAUGUGGACUUUGCAAGACGAUUUGUUAGACCUGAAAGAGAAUUGAAAAGACUUACGACAAAUCACUUACGGAAAAUGUUUCCAGCAGAGACUCUCUACAAUAAUCGUAAUAAUCUUCCAGCGGUUUCCAAUCUGGAUUUGAGAACAAAGCGAGCCAUCGAAGCACUGGACCUUCCUUUAUUAGAUGUUACUAUGGAUACGGAACAGGAAUCUGCAAUGAGCUUUGAUGUUAUGAAAAGCCGUCUCCUAGCACAGGAAGCAUAUUUACCGGACGCUGUUACCGAUUUGAGCGAAAAGCCUAUGCUUGGAGAGUCACCAACUGAGUCAUACCCAUGGCAUGAUGAAUUGAAACGUUUCGAUCAAAUGUUUCUUCAAGAAGGAGAAGAAAAGAGCCAGGAACGUAAUUGUAAAAAUAGCACUAUAUUAAGUAAGGGCUUAUCGGAUACAAACCCGACUGAACAGUCGGUUGCAUUGAAAGAAUCUUCCGAUUCACAGAAAUUGACAUCGACGGAAGCAACUGAUGAUAACGAAUCAACUCGUGAUUUGGAUCCAAGCGUAGCGCGUCGCUUAUCUCUGGAAUUAAUGAUAGAUAAAUCGAUAGUCAAGAAAAGAGGGCAAAAAUUACCAGAGGAAGAAAAAGAAAACAAACAGCCAACUAGCGAAAAAAACGCGUACGAAGCGGAUAAACUGGCCCAAAACGUACCGUCAAAAGAAGUCUCCACUUCUCAAACGGCAUUUUAUACUAUGGAGGACGUACAAAAAAAAGAUACUGAUGUUGUGACCGACAAGAACAAAUCAGUAAUCGUAAAACGUACUUCUGCCCUUCCUAUAUUUUCACAUCCUGCCUACAAAAAGUUCAGUGGCAUAUUGCCCGAAGCAGACUUUAUCAAAUCUAGGAGCUCACCUGCACCUCGUAAGUUAGGAAAUGUAGAAGUACAAUACAAAACCGACACGAACAAAACGCUAGCACCGAAUAAGACUAGCCAAUUCGGUUUUCAGCGAUCCCAGCUUCAACCAUAUAAUAAUUCAACCCAACUGACCGUACAGCCAGUAACUCAUCCACCGCCAUUAAAAUCUUACCGUGGCUCACCGUAUGCAACUAUCCAACAGAAUAAUAGGCCCCCAAUUGCUUAUAGAUAUGGAUUCAUGGGCGGAUUUACCGGAAAUAUGCAUUUUAAUAGAGAAAGGGGAUUAGGAAUGGUUGGAAUUACACAUCCUCUGAGUGCGUUUGCAGCAGCGAAUUCCUCCUCCAAUAAUUUAGAAACAACUGCAACUUUCACAGAUAAUACUCAGGAAGUAAAACAAAUUCCAACUAUUUCACGCCCUCGAUCGCGAACAAUGGCUAUUAUCGAUGGAAGUAACUCCUCAACUAGUCCGUUUUAUGCUUCAUCUUCUACAUCAACUAACACUAGCAACUGUAGGAUUGGUGGUCGAAUUCCUGUACUCAAUACACAAUUAAGCGAUCGUACAGCAACAUUGUUGAACAAAACUAAUAAUAGUAGUAAUGAAACCAAGCGUAGUAAAUAUAGUUCUCAAUUACCUGUUCCGACUGCAAUGCAUCACCAACAUAGAUUUUCCAAUGCAGCACUAAAUAAUUCUGCACAGACAUUGCGUCAAAGACUAUAUGGAAAAGGCCAAUUCAGAGCUUCUUCAAAAAGAAAAAUGAUGAUGAUUGAUCAUUUUGAUGACGAAAACGACGAUAAGAGCUCUUCAUCUUCCCUUUCAUAUUCAUCUGACGAGGAUGAUGAGGCUGUAAUGCUGAUGCAGCAAGAAACGUUAUGCCAGCAGGAUAGCUUGACAGACUUGGUUUCUGAUGAGGAAGAUCAAAAUUUGCUUCCUUUUAAGCACAACACGUUCUCUUUAUUUUAUACCGAUGAAUAUGAUGAGUCGCUAGGGCGUGAUGUCGUUCCAACCAUCGAUGAGCUUAAAGAAUUCCACAAGGAGCAUCAAUUACAAAUGACAACAAAUACCCUACCAUUCCUUAGCAUUGAAUCAGGAGUAACAUUGCUUGAAAAAGGUGGAAAAACUGAUGAGCUUAGAACAAGCAAAGCAGAUGAUGCUAUAUUGGAUACAACAGUCAAAUUGCAAAACUCCAAUACAGUUCUAGAUUUGUCAACUCAAAGUACAGGAAGAAAUUCAAUUAUGAGGGCGAUUACCUACGUCCUUGCUGAAAAAAGUAUCACUAACUUUGCACCUUUGGAGUAUCCAUUGUAAGUCGAAUGGUAAAGUGUGUAUGUAAUAUAUUGGCUAACACCUAUCAAUUUAGUACUUCUGGCGAGCAUAUAUUCC